GUGGGAGCGCGCCGCAGUCCUCUCAUCAGACACCAUGGAGUGGCAGUUUUUCCCGAAGAAUCCGCUGCCGCUGCGCGGAGGGGCCGGGACAGGCAGGGUGCUGCGCGGGCUCAUCUGGUGGCCAAACUGGAUGUGUGGCAAAAUCGUGGUGCUUCACACCACCACCUUCCAGUUCUCUCUAAUCGACGUGCCAACUCCCUUGAGGACGAAAUGGGAUAAUCUGACAUAUAAGCUCGGUGAGACCAAGGAUGGGAGUCUAUGCUUCGUAGAUGUAAAGGAUGGCACGAUUGUUGCUCAUCGUUUCCUGACAGCCGGCGAUGGUCAUGUCGUCGAGAGGUGGAUGUUGUACAAGGAGUUCCCGUUGCACCCGAUUGUUAGGAGUCUCACUGGGUGCUCAGUGGAGGAAGAGGGCUGUCAUGUCAGGGUGAAGGUUGUGGCGGUCAUUGAUGGCUUUGUAUACUUGUCUGUUUUCUACUGCAAGGACACGCAGCCUUGUGAGUUGUAUCUAUCCUUGUGCCUGGAAACAUCCGAGAUUAGCGAGCUCUUUAAUGAUGCAUAUCGGUAUAACCUGGACGUCCAUCCCUAUGUCAUGGCCUGGCCUCCCUCUUUGGUGCAAAGCAAGAAGGAAUCAGAAACUGAAUUCACUGGAGACAGUGUUGCAGACGAUGGUCCAGUGGGCAAGGAAAAAGCUUCCUCUCUGCUUGUCGCUGCACUGGAGUCACUCAGCCAAGCUCUGAUGGAUGACAGUGGCAGUAAUAAAGAAAUAGUAGCGGAGUUAGAUGCCUUCUUGCACCCCAACGAGGAUGACAAUGGCUCUCUUAGGAGCAAGAUCGCUAGUUUUGAUGCACAGUUGCUAACUGCAAGAGACCGUAUCUUGAGGAUAAGUGCAUGAAACCGAGGUCUGUGUGCCUAGUACAUAAAGAGAAACCUGAUGAUGAAUUGGUGGUAAAUGUAGAGGUGGAAGCUGUCAAGAGCUUGUUGGAAUGUGUGUUUAUUCUGAUGUUUGUGCUGUGUGUUUGUUAUGAAUUGUGAUGAUACGAGCUUUUGUUGAAAUGGUUGGUAUAUCAGUUUUUUGGAUGCUGUAAAGAGUUACUCUCA